CCACUGCAAUCACACCUAUCAACAAACCCGCGUGCCUGCACUGUGAUUGGCGCAGAACAGCGUGGGAAAGUGUCGCCCCUUCGUAUCUCAUGCCUGCCGCUACAACACGCUCUAUUGACCCCUGGGCAGCCAUAAAACCUAGCUUCCACGGUAUUUUCCCACAGUUUCAAGUGCCACGUGCUUGUGUUCGGUCUGUGCCAGUCACGUUCCUCAACUCUGCGAGUCUGUUCUAUAUUGGCUGAGUGCCAGCACACACUAGUGUAUUAUCCUUCCAAAUUCUGAUAUUAUUGAUCGACUUCGUAAGCAUUAGAAAGGAUUUCCAUGGAGACAAUGCCUUCCGAUAAAGUUUCAAUGAAAACCAGUGAAAAUCGAAGAAGUACCAAGCCUGUCAUGGAGAGACGCCGCCGAGCCCGAAUAAAUGAAAGUCUGGGAGAACUGAAGAAAUUGAUCCUGGACGCUUUGAAAAAAGAUAAUGCUCGUCACUCAAAGCUGGAGAAAGCUGACAUUCUAGAAAUGACUGUAAAACAUCUUCAGAAUAUUCAGCGUCAACAGACGGCAACUCGUACUUUAAGCGACCCAUUAGUGAUGUCAAAGUUCAGAGCUGGUUUCAACGAGUGUGCUAAGGAAGUCACGCGCUACUUCAGUAAAAUAGACGGAGUCGACCUCCCUGUCCGUCAGCGCCUCGUGAGUCAUUUGGCCGAUUGUUUAUCCAGCCUUAGUACUCAACCCUGUAGUAGUCUUUCUUCCACGCAUCCUGGUGGUGUCCAGGUCCCUACAAACACCAACAACGUCUUGAAUACUGUCCAUCUUCUGCCAACACGCCUACCCAGCGGAGAAAUAGCCUUUAUUCUUCCUGGAGAAAAUGAAACCAGUCAUCAACAUCUAAAUAUGUUGCCUACUUAUCCACCUGCUACCACGUUUUUACCACCCAGUCCGGUUAGUGUUUUGGGAUCAUCUGGAAUUCUUAGUCCUGCUGCCAGCGACAGGACGGAGUCAAGUCCUAGUCCAAUAAACGGCAUAUUGACUGCUACUCCUUUGAACACUUGUAAGUCUAUUUCUCCAAUUCCAUCUUAUCACCAGCUAGAGAAGCAGGAGAAUGAACGUGUGUGGAGACCAUGGUAAUAUUGACGUCAUCACUCUGUGGAGACGCUGAAGAACUUUCAGUACAAACUAGUAUAGAGACCCGGAAGUUAUGUGUAAUAUAAUGUACUUAUAUCUUGUAUAGAAACAAUUAACAAGUUAUUGUUAUGGCGCGAACUUGGCUUACAAGUUACUUUUGAUGACUGUGAUAUCUGUACAGGUUUGUUUAGUAUUGUACUUAGAAUAUUCGAAUCUGUGUAACUUAUUAUCUCCUAAAUAUAAUUGUACAUACAUAUAUAUAUAUAUUGUAUACUGACAAUCAGUUGGAUCACACGUUAGUGCCUUGGAAUAUAUUGAAUAUUAAAAGCAUUUGUUAUAAACGAGUGUUUGUUUGUGAUUGUGGCGACAAUAGUAAGAAGAACACAAAAGUAGCUUUUAAUUUUGAGGUUUUAAUUUAAUAUUCAGUUUUUACACGAAAUCUUUUUUGUCACGUUUUGUUUUAGAAGUAAGAGACGGAAAGCGUAAA